CGCGCGGUGCUGCGGACCAAAAAUCGUUUCGGUUCGGCCAUGUCCAGUGGAUCUAUAUAAAUACAUCUAUAUCUUCGGAUCGGAUCCCCGGAACGAUCUCACAUCGAAGUGCGGCGAAGUUCUAUUUUUUUUCCUGUGCUAUAAUUAAAUAUUGUUUAUUGCCCGAUUAAAACGGUGGCAGAGAGGAGAACUCCCUGGAUGUCAAUAGUGAUCAUGCAUCGCCUGUCCAUCACUAUGGCUUUGUCCAUCCUGCUCGCACUCGCUUUAACGGUGGCUGAAGGAGCCGAGGGAGUGGAAGGGAUGGCAACAGAAACAACGCGAACUGGAAUCGGAACAAAACCGGAAGCGGAAGUGGAAAUGGAUGUGGUGGCCGCCCAAGAGUCGGAAGCGGCUGUUCGCGGGGUUAUUUCGCUGCUGGGCGUGGGCGAUGCCAUCGAAUCCGUAAUCUUGGCCCCCGAUUCCGGCGACAAGUGUCCUGGGGGCUACUUCCACUGCAACACCACGGCACAGUGUGUGCCCCAGCGGGCCAAUUGCGACGGCAGCGUCGACUGUGACGACGGCUCGGACGAGAUGAACUGCGUGAACGAGGUGGACGCCAAGUACUGGGACCACCUGUACAGGAAACAGCCCUUCGGCAGACACGACAACCUCCGGAUUGGCGAGUGCUUGUGGCCCAACGAGAAUUUCAGCUGUCCUUGUCGAGGUGAUGAAAUUCUUUGCCGAUUUCAACAACUGACCAUUAUACCAGGACGACUACCACAGACCGAUUUGGCAACGCUCGAUCUAACGGGCAACAAUUUUGAGACCAUUCAUGAGGCCUUCUUUAGUGAACUUCCAAACGUGGAGAGCUUAGUGCUGAAGUUCUGCUCGAUUCGCGAGAUAGCCUCGCAUGCAUUCGAUCGCCUGGCGGACAAUCCACUGAGGACCCUCUAUAUGGACGAUAAUAAACUACCGCAUCUGCCGGAACACUUCUUCCCCGAGGGCAAUCAAUUGAGGAUUCUAAUUUUGGCACGCAACCACCUGCACAGCCUGAAACGGAGUAAUUUUCGGAAUCUACAGCAUCUGCAGGAGCUGGACCUGCGCGGUAAUCGCAUUGGGACCUUUGAAGCUGAGGUGUUUGCCAAUCUACCGAACUUGGAAGUGCUCUAUCUCAAUGAGAAUCACUUAAAGCAACUGGAUGCGGAAAGGUUUCCUAGAACCCUGCUUAACCUGCACACUUUGUCCCUGGCUCACAACCAGAUCGAGGACAUUGCCGCCAACACUUUUCCCUUUCCACGCCUUCGAUACUUAUUUCUGGCUGGCAAUCGAUUAUCCCACAUACGUGAUGAAACCUUCUGCAAUCUCAGCAAUCUACAAGGACUGCACUUGAACGAGAACCGCAUCGAGGGAUUCGACCUGGACGCCUUCGCCUGCUUGGAGAAUUUGAGCUCCCUGCUGCUAACGGGCAAUCGCUUCCAGACCCUCGAUCCGCGGGUGCUAAAGAACCUGAGCAGCCUGGAUUAUAUUUACUUCUCGUGGUUCCAUUUGUGUAGCGCCGCCAUGAAUGUGCGCGUAUGUGAUCCCCAUGGCGAUGGCAUCAGCAGCAAGCUGCAUCUCCUGGACAAUCAGAUACUACGAGGCAGUGUUUGGGUGAUGGCCUCAAUUGCCGUGGUGGGCAACCUAUUGGUCCUGCUCGGGCGCUACUUCUACAAGUCGCGGAGCAAUGUGGAGCACUCGCUGUACCUGCGCCAUUUGGCCGCCAGUGACUUCCUCAUGGGCAUUUACCUAACGUUGAUUGCCUGUGCGGACAUUAGCUUCCGCGGCGAGUACAUUAAAUACGAGGAGGCCUGGCGCCACAGCGGAGUCUGUGCCUUCGCAGGCUUCCUCAGCACCUUCAGCUGCCAGUCGUCGACGCUGCUACUUACACUGGUCACUUGGGAUCGUCUGAUGUCUGUGACAAGGCCGCUCAAGCCCCGGGAUACGGAAAAAGUUCGAAUUGUCCUGCGCCUGUUACUCUUGUGGGGCAUUAGUUUCGGAUUGGCUGCUGCUCCACUUCUGCCCAAUCCUUACUUUGGGAACCACUUUUACGGCAACAAUGGUGUCUGCUUAUCGCUGCAUAUCCACGAUCCCUAUGCGAAGGGCUGGGAGUAUUCGGCGCUACUGUUCAUAUUCGUCAAUACAUUGUCAUUGGUUUUUAUUCUGUUUUCCUACAUAAGGAUGUUGCAGGCGAUACGGGAUUCAGGUGGCGGAAUGAGGAGCACUCACAGCGGUCGAGAGAACGUGGUAGCCACUCGCUUUGCUAUCAUUGUGACCACCGAUUGCGCCUGCUGGCUGCCCAUAAUUGUGGUUAAAGUGGCUGCCCUCUCAGGAUGUGAGAUCUCACCCGAUCUGUAUGCCUGGCUGGCGGUACUUGUGCUGCCCGUGAACUCGGCCCUCAAUCCGGUGCUCUACACGUUGACCACGGCGGCCUUCAAGCAGCAGCUGCGCCGGUACUGCCACUCACUGCCGAGCUGCUCGAUGGUGAACAACGAGACCCGAUCCCAGACCCAGACCGCCUACGAAUCCGGUCUAAGUGUCAGCCUGGCCCACGUGGGCGGCGCUUUGGGCGGCGGAUCAGGGCGAAAGCGGCCGUCCCAUCGGCAGAUGAGCUAUCUGUAA